AUGAUAGCAGAAGACAUCUUGAUAGGCCCCACCACCAUGGUGAGCCCUACCACCACGAGGGACCCCACCACCAUGGUGAGCCCUACCACCAUGGUGGGUCUCACCACCAUAGGGAACCCCACCACCAUGGUGGGUCUCACCACCCUAAUGAGGUUUCCCACCAUAGUGGGCUCCAUCACCAAGGUGAGCCUUCCUACAUGUAUGGUGGCCCUCACCAUCAUGGUGAGGCCUAUCACCAUGGUAGGCAUCGUCAUCAUGAAGCCCACCACCAUAGAGGGCCCCUUCAUCAUGGAGAGACCUUUUCCCGCCAUUCCUAUGUGGACUCCUACCAUGAUUACAUACCUCACUACUAUGACGACCACAGCCACCACAGUGAGCACCACCAUGGCCACCGCGGUGAACACCACCAUGGCCACCAUGGUCACCAUGGCAAGCACCACCAUGGCCACCAUGGAGAGCACCAUCACAGGGAGCACCACCAUAACGGGCAUCAUUACGAUUAUCUCCAUGGUGAUCAUCGCUAUGGGGACUGCCAGAGCUCAGCGGGCCCACAAGAGACUGCACACCAUGGACCUCUUCUACUGGUUGUGGGAAAAAUUAAGCUACCUCAUUCAGGGCCUCCGGAGAAUGCUUAGGAACCUGACUCAGUCCCUGCCCUUUGAAGCCUUCAUCUUCCUCGUGGUCUGCCUUAACACUCUCAUGCUUGUGGUCCAGACCUUCGCUGAAGUAGAGAUCCGGGGCGAGUGGUACUUCAUGGCCUUGGACUCCAUUUUCCUCUGCAUCUACGUGGUGGAAGCCGUCCUCAAGAUCACUGCUCUGGGCUUCAAGUAUUUUUCGGACCCCUGGAACAAUCUGGACUUCUUCAUCAUGAUCAUGGCGAUGCUCGACUUCCUGCUCCUACAGUACAACUCCUUCUCCUUCGUCUACCACCAAAGCGUCUUCCGGAUCUUCAAGGUUUUCAAGAGCUUGCGGGCCCUGAGGGCCAUCCGGGUCCUGCGGAGGCUCAGCUUCCUGACCAGCCUGCAGGAANGGGGGGGGGGGGGGGGGGGGCGGGGAUGGGAGCCCGGAGCCUGGUUUGGCCCUGAGCAGCCAGUCCUCUUCUCCGUGGUGCUCCGCGCCCUGUUCCGUCAUUCGGACCCCAAGCGCUUCCAGAGCAUCCUCUCCACCAUCUUCACCCUCUUCACCUUGCUUACCCUGGACGACUGGUCCCUCAUCUACCUGGACAGCCGGGCCCAAGGCGCCUGGUACAUCAUCCCCAUUCUCAUGGUUUACAUCAUCAUCCAAUACUUCAUCUUCCUCAACCUGGUGAUUGCUGUCCUGGUGGAUAACUUCCAGAUGGCUCUGCUCAAGGGCCUGGAGAAAGAAAAGCAGGAGAGGGCUGCCAGGAUCCAUGAGAAGCUACUGGACGACUCACUGACGGAACUCAGCAAAUCAGACUCUGAAGAAGUGGUGAGUGAACACACCAAACAGAAGCAGCUCAUCGAGAAAAAAUUUGGGACCAUGACUGAGAAGCAGCAGGAGCUCCUGUUCCACUUCCUGCAGCUGGUGGCGGGGGUGGAGCAUCACCAGCAGAAAUUCCGCUCCCAGGCGUCCGUUCUCGAUGAGAUCGUGGACACUGCGUUUGAGGCUGGAGAAGAGGACUUCAGGAAGUGACCCCUGGAUGGAGAGAGACACGGGAUGCAGAUUUCAGCCUCUGGCAAGCUGCCCACUGCUGUGGGUCAGGAUACGUCCCCCGAUCUGCUGGAAUGAUCGUGGGGCAUGCAGGGCUAGGCCCUAACAGAGUUUUAAACCCCCCAAGUGGCUCUGUGUCCUCCCUGGCUAAGCCAAGGCACAGGGCAGGGGAACUGUGCACGUGCACGUGUGUGCACUGGUGGUGUGUGUGUGUGUGUGUGAGAGAGAGAGAGAGAAAGUGUCGUGUGUGAAAGGUGCUCUUCUUGGUCCCCUCCAGGGCCCACAUCCCAGCUCGGGCCAGCACUGCAUCAGCUGCAGCCAGAGAGGUGACUCAGAAAGGGGGCCUGGCUCAGUGCCGGAGUGGAUGGCCUCUGAGAGCAGACGGCAGGGCCUGGGACCAGGGGCUGUUCCUCAGUAGGUCCCAGCAUCGGUCGGGGGACUGAAGGCAGGCGCAGUGGCGGAUGUGAGGCCUGGCCUGGAGGGGCAGAAGACGGAGGCAGGGGCCAUUCUCCACCCCCACAGCCACCACGAUUCUGCCCGGGCCUGGUGGUGCCCACACCUAGUGCUCCCAAGGGAUCCAGUUACUGACCUUCCUGUUCCAGGUGUGGGUGUGUGUGGGUGCAUCUGAGGCAUGGCUCUGGGUGGGGCAUGUGGGUCUCUGGGGUUGUGCGUGUGGAGGUCUGUACGCAUCCAGGUGUUUCGGGUGGAGGGUGUUACUUCAGUGUGUGUCGGUGUUUCUGGGUGGCUAGGCUGUGUCUGUGACUUUCUGGUUAUGGAUGUGGUGUCUGGGAGCACCCAAGCAUGCACUGUGGUUUCAGUGUGUGUGUGUGUGUGUGUGUGUGUGUGGUGUAUUGAGAGAGAGAGAGAGUGUGUGUGUGUGUAUAGUAAGUAUGAUUUGAAGCCACAAAUUCAGUUGUGCAAAAAUGCUGCAGUUCUGUUUUCUCUAAAUGACAUCACAUCUGUCCCCUCAUCCCUCCUGUAGGCAGUAGAUUUGACCUGGGUCCCCUUUGGGCUUCCUGUCCAGCCCCUUCCGGGGGUCUUGCCUGGGGCAAAGCCCUGGGGACCCCCUCUGGCCAAUAGCCCACAGCGUGAACUUGAAAGCCACUGUCCCAGCCCUCAUGGCCUCUUGGCCUAUCGGGGCUCUGCCACCGCUGGCCCGCGGGCAGAUAUAGGACCCCACAGGCUGGGAGCUCAGCAUCCUGGGGCCCGGCUGGCUGAACCCAGCCUGUGUCACCCUGAGUCAUCAUGGCAGCUGAGAGGGAGCAGAGCUCAGGCACUCUGCAGGGCACUCACGGAUUCCUGCCCUGUUCAGUCUGGGGCGUCAUCCCUCUCCUGUGACUUUGUCUCCCACCCCUCAACUCAGAAUACUGAGAGUCCUUGGAGAGCUGACGCUCUGUGUCUGGGAUGCUGGGGUGUUUGGAGAACUCCACAUUUGGGGACUGACCCUGGCACCCUCAGCACUGUAUGGGCUGAGACAACAGAAG